UCUGGAAGAGUGAAGUAUUUCAAAGAAGUCUAGAAUUAAAAAGAAAUAUCGUGUUAAAGCUAGAGUUGCUUUUAUCAUCGGAGUAGAUAUGAGUGAAUUAGCUUUAGAAUCCUCCGCAUGGGAGGACUUAGCCAAUAUCCCAGCGGAUCCACCUAGGAUGAGGCCUGUGUGCACCAAAUGCUGUCGUCCCACACAGGUAUGCUGGUGUUCAGCUCUACCUUCAGAACCACUUAAUCCCGGUGGUCGCAUAGUACUUCUACAGCAUCCUGCCGAAGAAAAACGGUCCCUACGCACCGCUCCCAUGUUAUCUGUUGGACUCGCGCCAGGAAAAUGUCUUAUUUACAAGGGCAAAAAGUUUCCCCGCCACGAUAUGGAGCUAGAAACGAUAUUGGCCGACAAACGAUCCCUGUUGCUAUAUCCCAGCGCAAACUCUGUUCCGAUCGAACAAAUCGAUCCGAGCGAAGGUCCGUACAAUUUGAUACUGAUCGAUGGUACUUGGCCACAAGCGAAAGCUAUCUAUCACAGCUCAACCGCACUACACGGAAUGCGACAGGUGAAGCUCGUAUCAUCCGGCACGAGUAGCUACAUUAUCCGAACCCAACCUACCGAAGGUUGUCUCAGUACUCUAGAGACGGCAAUCGAAGCUCUCAGCGUAUUGGAACGAGACGAUCGGUACCGGGAACAUUUACUGCAACCCCUGCACGUGCUGUGCCAAUUCCAGCUGGCAAACGGUGCGGUUACGCAUCAGUCGAAAGAGUUCCUCAUCCGCCAUAACCAAUACCCGAAGCUGAUCGGACGACGAUUGAACCGGUUGCUGAAGCAGGCGGAUAACUUUAAAGAUGAUCCAACGGAACCUACGGAAAGCAAGUCUUCGUAGCGCAAUCGAAACAGAAUGGUUUUACUUUUUAUACUUUUAUUAUACCACUUUAUAUUGUACUGAUUUCGUAACAUAAAAUAGAGCAUAGCUUUAUUAUGUGUAUAUAUACAUUCACACAGCAGAACUAUUGAUGACCCAUCGUCUGUCUGUCUUGCAGUUACGCUCCUUAACACUA